UUGUCUCAGGAAGAGCUCCAACUGCGUUCCUCGUCAGCCUGGUUUUGCUGCUAAUUCUGGCAAAGGUGAAGAAAGGUGUAAAUAUUCUCAACGCAAAGACAAGUGACCCACAGCAAUGGGAUGUGAAACAAGAGGUGGGGAAUGGUGGAAAGCAUUCAACCACAACAGUCAUUUGUCAGAGGAUGGCACCAAGUUCAAGGAACAGAAGUAACAGUCUAUUCAAUGAGGUUGUGCAGAUGGACUUUGAAAUAGCCAGUUUUAGCAGCCUGUCUGGAACGCAGCCCAUCACCUGGCAGGUGGAAUACCCUCGGAAGGGGACAACAGACAUAACCUUGUCUGAAAUCUUCAUCUGCCAAAAGGAUCUUGUUGGAAUUGUUCCACUGGCGAUGGAUACAGAAAUUGUGAACACCGCAAUUCUCACAGGAAAAACUGUGGCAGUGCCCAUCAAAGUGGUCUCCAUUGAGGAGAACAGUGCUGUGACAGACAUCUCUGAAUCAGUUGAGUGCAAAUCCUCUGAUGAAGACGUCAUCAAAGUUUCUGAUAGAUGUGACUAUGUUUAUGUCAAUGGCAAAGAAAUGAAAGGCAAGGUGAAUGUGCUCGUGAACUUCACGUAUCAGUAUCUGAGCGCUCCUCUGCAAAUCACAGUCUGGGUCCCACGCCUGCCUCUUCAGAUAGACAUUUCGGACACAGAACUGAGCCAAAUAAAAGGCUGGCGGGUCCCCGUGGUUUCCAACAAAAGACCCACCAGAGACAGUGAUGAUGAAGAUGAAGAUGAACGGAAAGGAAGAGGAUGCACUCUCCAGUACCAGCAUGCCAUGGUGCGAGUCCUGACACAGUUUGUAGCUGAGGAUUCUAGCCCUUGGGGUCAGCUGAGCUACCUGCUGGGCUCGGAUUGGCAGUUUGACAUUACAGACCUCGUAAUGGAUUUUAUGAAGCUGGAAGAACCUCACAUUGCAAAGCUGCAGGAAGGAAGGAUUUUAAUCGGACGGGAAGUAGGAAUGACAACAAUGCAGGUUUUGUCUCCUCUGUCUGACUCCAUCCUGGCAGAGAAGACAGUGACUGUUCUAGAUGACAAAGUGACCAUAACAGACCUUGGAGUCCAGAUGGUGGCUGGGCUUUCACUCUUUCUUCAGCCAAGCGCAGCAAGUAGUCGAGCCAUUGUGGCUACAACUGUUGCUCAAGAGCUACUUCAUACUCCUAAGCAGGAAGCUGUGGUAAGCACCUGGAUUCAGUUCAGUGACAGCUCUGUUACUCCGUUGGACAUUUAUGACUCUAAGGACUUCUCUCUUUCUGCUGUAUCAUUAGAUGAAGCUGUUGUCUCGGUCCAUCAGAAUGCUGCCCUGAAAUGGCCGGUUGUGGCAGCAGAAGGUGAAGGUCAGGGCACCUUAGUCAAGGUGGACAUGAUGAUUUCUGAAGCCUGCCAGAAGUCUAAGAGGAAAAGUAUCCUGGCUGUGGGGAAUGGCAACAUCAAAGUCAAGUUUGGCCAGAAUGAUGCAGACUCUGAUACAGGUGGAGAUUACGAUGGUGAGGAGAUUGAAAACCAUGCCAGCGACCGCCGGCACAAAGCGCCUGACCAGGAGCGUUAUGGCCAGGAGGGACGGUAUUAUGGUGGCUCUUCAUCAGAACGAGAGGAAAGCACCAUCAGGAAAGUCAGCACCACAGCAAAAUCUGUGAUAAAAAAUAAAGUGAUUAAAAACAACAAGCUGGACGGUGGCAAACUCUCAGACGAUAGCCAGCUGCAGAACAUUCCUAUAGACUUCACCAACUUCCCUGCCCAAGUAGAUCUCCCAAAAGGCAACGCAGGCAUGGAGGAAAAUGAUCUGGUGCAAACACCUCGGGGCCUUAGUGAUCUGGAGAUUGGGAUGUAUGCUCUGCUAGGGGUCUUCUGCCUGGCAAUUCUGGUCUUCCUAAUAAACUGUGCAACAUUUGCACUUAAGUACCGUCACAAGCAGGUUCUGGUAGAAGGACAGACCACUAUGACCCAUUCCCACGACUGGGUCUGGCUGGGAAAUGAAGCAGAACUGCUGGAGAACACAGCAGAUGCAUUGCCUCAGCAGGAUGAACACACAACUAUUAUUGACCGAGGGACGGGUUGUGAGGAGAGCAACCAGCUCCUCAACGGCAGUGCUCAGAAGAACAUUCAGAGCCAGAUUCACAGGAGCGCUGACUCAGGGGGCAAGCUCGUAAAGGAACAGAAAUCCGAACCUUUACAUUCGCCAACUUCGAAAAGGAAGCGGGUAAAAUUCACAACAUUCACCACCAUCCCACCCGACGAUGGUUGUCCGACUGUCAAUUCAAUCCUAAGUAGCAAUGACGAUGACAUUAAGUGGGUGUGCCAGGAUAUGGACCUGGGGGACUCCAAAGAGAUAAGAAACUACAUGGAGAAACUCAAAGAUAAAGUGUAGCUCCUU